AUGCAGCAGCACCUAAGCAGCGUGGGCAGUGGACACAGUAGCGCGACACUCCCGGGAUCGCUGACCCCGGGAGGUCAGCACCGCCCGCCGGCGGUCUCGCUCAAUACAGCUCCGUCUAACAUUCCCACCUUGUCCCAGACCACACCGCAGCAGCAGACCAGCCAUCGCACAGGCAUGGCCAAUUCUCACGGCCAUUCGCGCUCCAGCCCGGCGGGAUUCGAUCAAUCUCCCAUGUACCGACAACACGGGGCGGCGGACCCUUCCAAAUACCCAACCUCCCCAGGCGGCUUCCUGCCUCAUACCCCGCAGGGCUCGAAAUACUCCCCAUUGGGGCUGGCCGACAUUCGACCGCCGGGGGAUCAUCUCCUGGGAGAGUCUCUCAUGAGUCCGGGGUCGCUGCCUUACAAUGGAGAUAACCAGGUCCCCACCAAUAGCAACUACGUGGCCCCGUGGCCGAUAUACGCAGUCGAUUGGUGUAAAUGGCCAAUUUCAGGAAGCCCGAGCUCGUUUGGGGGCAAGUUAGCCGUUGGAAGCUAUCUUGAGGACAACCACAAUUAUAUUCAAAUUAUUGACACACAUUGGACGCAACCCGACCCCGACACGCCAGACGCCGCCGCGGGAGAAAUCAAACUGGAAUACGUCAAGACUGCCGAGGCUACUCACUCCUAUCCCGUCACACGAAUCCUUUGGGAACCUCCAUCGUCCCAGAAACAGUCCACGGAUCUGCUGGCGACAUCGGGCGACCAUUUGCGGUUGUGGUCGCUUCCAACCUCCCAGCCCGUCCCAAGCUCCAACUCAAUCACCCGCCCAACAAAUACUCGGGACGCCCCUCCAGCAAAGCUUUCUCCAUUGGCCCUCCUCUCCAACUCGAAAUCACCGGAGCAUACGGCCCCUAUCACAUCACUGGACUGGAAUACCAUCUCCCCAAGUCUCAUCAUCACCUCGAGCAUCGACACCACCUGCACCAUUUGGGACAUCCCGACCUUGACAGCCAAGACUCAGCUCAUCGCGCACGACAAGGAGGUAUACGAUGUCCGAUUUUGUGCAAACAGUGUGGACGUCUUCGUCAGCUGCGGCGCAGACGGAAGUGUCCGGAUGUUUGACCUGCGCAGCUUGGAGCACAGUACCAUUAUCUACGAGCCGUCAGACAAGACGGAGAAGCCCGUGAUGAGCCCAGGGUCAUCCAGCCCGUCCAACCCUUCCCAAUCUGGCCUCUGGCCUCCACCGUUGCUGAGAAUCGCCGCAUCCCCUCAUGACGCACACCUGCUUGCUACAUUUUCUUCAGAUUCGAGUGUCGUUCGAGUCCUCGAUGUGCGGCAACCGGGCCAGGCUCUCCUGGAACUCAAGGGUCACUCCGCCCCUCUGAACUGCGUGGAAUGGUCCCCGAAUCGACGUGGUGUUCUUGCCUCGGGAGGUGACGACAGUCUGGUUCUGAUUUGGGACCUCAUCAAUCAACAUAAUGCAGCACCUGUAUCCGCCAAUCAUGCCUCCGGUGCUCCGGCCCAGGGCACGACAUCUGAGCGGGGUCCCGCUGCCACUUGGCAGUGUGACUACGAAGUCUCCAACAUCAGCUGGUCACCACAAGGCGGACCCAACCACUCGGGCCAACCUCGCGAGUGGCUUGGUGUCUGUGGCGGACGAGGAAUCUGGGGAGUAUCCUUAUGA